GAACACUUUCUGUUGUUUCCACUUCCCUGCUCUGGUACCAUUAAAAUGUGACCUUAAAAACGAGAAGCUGGUUAGUCCAAGAGGCGAUAUCAAACAGAAGAGUUUUAUAGCACUAAGUCAGCUAUGGAUGCCAAAUGCAUUGUCCCUGUCUUCUUCUAUGGACAACUGUGGUGGAACCUUCUCUCUGCAGAGAUAAAAGGGCCCGGAAAUUCACCACCUCCAGCUCUGAUCACGACCACGGUAGUAGCUGGUCCUGGUAAGAACCCCCCCACAUAUUCCUAUCAAACCAUCAAACCAGGAGUCUUUGACAAAUACGAGAGGCAGACGUCUUCUUCACAGAAUGCCCAGGUUCCUGUAGCGGAAGACCCCAAACCUCACAACGGACACUUAAUAGUGGCAGUGGUCAUUGGAGUCAUUCUCAUUGUCAUGAUUGCAACUAUUGUUGGCAUCUUCCUAUGGAGGCGAUGGAAGAAGUCUGCUUCCUCUGUUCCCCACUGGGCAGGCCGUUCUCCAUUUGCAGACGGAGAUGUACUAGAUGUGACUGCUGAUAAAGAACCUGGGCAAGGCACAAAGCGCACUUCAGUCCUCUCCCUCUUGCCUUGGAGAUUUAACAAGGAGACACAGCUCUUGGAAAAUGUGGAGGGAGAGUUGCCUGAAUCAAAGGAGAGCCUGGAUGUUCUACCCAAAUGUGCUGCUGAAGAGAGAGAGACAGAGUCGAGCCACACAUUAACAGUUUAUUCGGCAAGCAUGCAAGCUCCAGUUUCUGAGGGACCAAGCAGCUUGAUCAACAUUCCACUCCAGCCUGAUGGCACAGAGCCACUUGAUCUACCUCCUCCGCCAAACUGGCUUGGUGGAGUUAACGGGGAUCUCUGUCCAAAGCAAACCGAGUCCCUUUCGCUUGAACCAAAUGCAGAGAUCCAGCAUUCUGGAUCUCUAGAUCUCUCCCAUCAAAUUCCAGGUGAAGGACUGCUACUCCCUCCUCCUCCAGAAGACUUUUUAUCUAACUGAAUUAAAGGCGGAUGCCACAAACUCUGUGCAUCUUCUUUAGGAAAUGUUUAUGGAAAAGCUGGUAAAUGCUGUUAGCCUGUAGCUUUUUGUGAGCAAAGGGUUGCCCCUUGCCUAUUUCACAUUAGAAGACAAGAUCAAAGGUCCAACUAGUUCUAACGUUUCCUAAUCCUAACGUUUCCAAGAAUGAUCAGCCAGAAGCUUCCAGCGAGAUCAGAAGCAGGGCAGGACGGAAGUAACUGAUGAUCAGAGAUAUGCUGCCUCUGCAAAUGGAUGGCACUGAUAGGACAUUUCCUCCACGACUUCGUACUCCUUUUUAUUUCCCUUCAUUUGGGCAAGACUUCCACUUUUUAAUCGGACUCCUUCUUGCCUUCAUCACACCAGAAUCUCCUUGAAUCUGUUUGUACCUUUUCUAACCAAUGAUACACUUUUUACCUCUGCUUCAAUUAUAGCUGUUUUUAAAUAAUCUCCAAGGGUCAUGAAGAGACUUGACCCUUUUGGCACUUCCUUGCAGUUUCUUUUUAAGCAAUCCCUUCACUUUAGAGAAGUUCUCUUUUUGACACUGAAAAUGUGACCUUGCUGGGUAAUUUUCCACUUACAUUUAUGAUGAAUCUAACUGUAUUAUGGCCACUGUUUCAAAGUGGAUCGAACACAUUUGCGCCACACGGGAUUAAGCCUCCUUUCUAAACUGGAUUUUUAACUUGUUGCAGAAUAAUAAUUUCCCCCCCAUCUACAAAUGUUGCCUCUUUUUCUCAACCUAAAUGUAAAUUUGCCAAGUGAAAGGCAGAAUAUAAAUAUAAUAAAGUUUUUUUCUGCCUUUCAAGAGAGCAGGAUCAUGUGCAUUUAUCUAUUUAUGCCAGUUUUACAUUCCUUCAAACUAUGUAAACACAAAUGUAUACAUUUUGCCAUAACACAGAGAUAAUAUGUGCAUUUUUAACUGUUAUAUGGUUGGAACUGCCUCCUAGGAUUUUUUUUUAAACGGGGAGAGUAGAAAAGAGAAAAUAAACUGUCUAGCUUGAGAUGGUUAAUGCUACAGCAGAGCAGCAUCUUUCAACCUGGGAUUUACUCUCUUCCUCAGCAGUGAGUGAGUGAAUGAGUAGUGCUGGUAGGAGAUCAGAAGUAAUCAGGAGAAACAGAAGUUACGGGAAGUUAACGUUGCUCAGAAUCUGAAGUCAUAUGAACCUGAUCAUCGUAAUUCUAUACGGCUAAACUGCUUCAAAAAUGCAAAAUCCGAUUUCUCUUUUGGAUCAUCAGCACAAGCAUUCUGUUUGAUCUUUGAAAAGCUUAAUAAAGGACUGAUU